UCUGUUUGUGUCCAGUGGCAGCAUUUUAUUUCUGUUAGAUACAUACAUUGCUUUAAUUCUACACUUUUGGCAGCACUGCCCCAUAAAGAUCCUGCAGUCAGGUUGCCUCAGCUUCAUUACGCACAUCAGGAUGGACCACCAUGACUGGCAGCGGGGAAGGAGUAGAGGCCACACGCACUAUGAUGAUGAUGAUGAGGCCCAGCCUUUCUACAUUGGUGUUCCAGUUUCCCACAGACGGAAAAGGCGCAGGCACCGCUCUUACACCAGUGAUGCUGACCAGGACUCACGGAACAUACACUAUGAUCACCAUGCACACCGUGAUCACUCACAUAGACAAUAUUACCAUGACAAGGAGGAGUGCUAUAAUGAUGAUGGAGGCAGCACAGACCAGCAUGAGCACCUUGAUCCCACAGUGUCCCCUGCUGCCGAGCGCCUUCGCCAUAUCCUAGGUGAGGAUGACACCACUCCAACACCAACAAUUUUCACUGAGAUGGACACACUACAACAAGAUGGAGAAGAAUUAGAGUGGAAAGAGUCUGCAAGGUGGGUGAAGUUUGAGGAGAAAGUAGAGGAGGGAGGAGAACGGUGGAGCAAGCCUCAUGUCUCCACACUGACCCUCCAUAGCCUGUUUGAGCUUAGGACCUGUCUGCAGACAGGAAGCAUUCUGCUCGACCUGGAAGGUUAUUCACUGCCACAGAUUGUUGAGGAGAUUGUGGAUCGCCAAAUAGCUGAUGGCCUCAUUCCUGCGGAUCUGAAGGAAAAGAUCAUUUUUGUGUUGCUCAGAAAGCACCGUCACCAGACCAAGAAACCAAUCCAUCGCUCACUGGCAGACAUAGGAAAAUCCUCCAACACGCCCUCUAACCGUAGUCCUCAGGUUAAUCUGAGUCGUAGUACUAGUUCAGCUUCCGGGAUCCAUCGCUCCACAGAAGACCUACGCUCUCGGCAGUCAAGCAGCCUUGGCCGCCUGCAUCCUGCCCAAAGCCGAAGCAUGAAUGAUAUUUCAGACACGCCCAGUACAAACCAGCUAAAGAAUAAGUUCAUGAAGAAGAUUCCUCGUGAUGCAGAAGCUUCCAAUGUCCUAAUUGGUGAGGUGGACUUUCUGGACAAGCCGUUUGUCUCCUUUGUACGCUUGGCUCAAGCCACGACUCUGGGAGGCCUCACUGAGGUCCCUGUGCCAACCAGGUUUCUCUUCAUCCUGCUGGGUCCUCAAGGCAAAACCAAGUCCUACAAUGAAAUUGGCAGAGCGAUUGCUACUCUAAUGGUGGAUGAUCUAUUCAGUGAUGUCGCCUACAAAGCACGGGACCGUGAUGACCUAAUUGCAGGAGUUGAUGAGUUCCUAGAUGAGGUGAUUGUCCUUCCUCCAGGGGAAUGGGACCCCAAAAUACGUAUUGAACCUCCAAAGAAGGUCCCAUCAGCAGAAAUGAGGAAGUCAGUGCUUAACCUAAAUGAGCUGGGUCCGAUGAAUGGCUCGGCUGGUGGAGCCACUGGUGGAGAAGAUGAUGAACUUCCUGUUCAGCAUGAAUUGGGAGAGGAGCUAAAAUUCACUGGGAGAUUUUGUGGUGGAUUGUGGCUGGACAUCAAAAGAAAGAUCCCCUUUUACUGUAGUGAUAUCUACGAUGGCGUCCAUAUCCAAUCCAUCUCUGCAGUGCUCUUCAUCUACCUAGGCUGCAUUACCAAUGCCAUUACCUUUGGUGGACUGCUAGGAGAUGCUACUGACAAUUACCAGGGAGUGAUGGAGAGUUUUCUUGGCACUGCUUUGGCAGGAACCGUCUUCUGUUUGUUUAGUGGACAGCCUCUCAUCAUUCUUAGUUCAACUGGACCCAUUCUCAUCUUUGAAAAGCUGCUUUACGAGUUCAGCAAGAACAACAGCAUAGACUACAUGGAGCUCCGUUUAUGGAUCGGUCUGCACUCGUGUCUGCAGUGCUUUAUGCUGGUUGUUUCAGAUGCCAGCUACAUCAUCAAAUACAUGACCCGCUUUACAGAGGAGGGUUUCUCUAGCCUCAUCUCCUUCAUCUUUAUCUCAGAUGCUAUUAAGAAGAUGGUUGGAGGCUUUAAGUAUUACCCAAUCAACCGGGGCUUCAAGCCAGAUUACAUUACAUCCUAUAAGUGUGAAUGUGUGGCUCCGGACCAGGCAUCUGCUCUGGGUUUAAAUGUUUCAGCUCCUAUGUCAGAUGAUAACAUGACUCUGCUGUUUAACUUGACAGACCUGGACUGGAGUCAGCUGAGUAAGAAAGAAUGUGUGAAGUAUGGUGGUACAUUGGUGGGGAGCUCCUGUAAGUAUGUUCCUGACCUGGCCCUAAUGUCCUUCAUCCUCUUCAUUGGCACCUACUCCAUGACUUUUUCUUUGAAAAAGUUCAAGUUCAGCCGCUACUUCCCUACAAAGCUUCGUUCCCUGAUUAGUGAUUUUGCCAUCAUCAUCUCCAUCAUGGUUUUCUGUGGCUUGGAUGGUCUUCUGGAGCUGGAUACCCCCAAAUUGCACAUACCAACAGAGCUGAAGCCUACUCGUUCUGACCGUGGUUGGUUCGUGCUUCCAUUUGGCAAGAACCCCUGGUGGUGGUACUUGGCUAGCUUUGUUCCGGCUCUCCUCGUCACCAUCCUGAUCUUCAUGGACCAGCAGAUCAGCGCAGUCAUCGUCAACCGCAAGGAAAACAAGCUGAAGAAAGGCUGUGGGUACCACUUGGACUUGUUCUGGGUGGGUGUGCUGAUGGCUGUAUGUUCAUUCAUGGGUUUGCCCUGGUAUGUGGCCGCCACUGUUAUCUCCAUCGCCCACAUCGACUCUCUGAAGAUGGAGAGUGAAUGCAGCGCCCCUGGAGAGCAGCCACAGUUCCUUGGUGUCAGAGAGCAACGGCUGACAGGCAUUCUGGUGUUUGUGCUGACUGGACUCUCAGUCUUCCUCGCUCCUGUCCUUCAGUACAUCCCAAUGCCAGUCCUCUACGGAGUGUUCCUUUACAUGGGAGUGGCAUCACUGAGUGGAAUUCAGUUCUGGGAGCGGAUCAAGCUGUACCUGAUGCCCCCCAAACACCAGCCGGACUUCUCCUUCCUGCGCCACGUCCCCUUGAGACGCGUCCAUCUUUUCACGCUUGUUCAAAUUGUCUGUCUGGCUGUCCUCUGGAUCCUCAAGUCCACCUUCCUAGCCAUAAUCUUCCCAGUGAUGAUUCUGGGUCUGAUGGUUGUACGAAAGCUACUGGACCUGAUGUUUUCACAACACGACCUGGCCUGGCUGGACGACGUCCUGCCAGACAAAGACAAGAAGAAGAAGGAGGAUGAGAAGAAGAAAAAGAAAGAGAAAAAGACUAUUGAGCCAGAGAGUGACGAGGAGGAGAUGAACCCUUACUCAACAGUCACGUCUGAUCAAAAUGAACUAGACCACAGUAUCACUCUGCACCUAAAGAUCUCCUGCCCCCCCUCACCCACCCACUCCCAGACGAGCCUCACUUCCGGGGACAAUCCGCCGCAGCGGCCACCGCACCAGCCCAUGCCCCAGGUCAGCAUCCGGGUGGAUUCAGACCACGACUGCGACGAGUCUGGCUUCUUCUCCAAACAGCAGCAGUGCAGUCUGUACAGUGCUCCCAACCUCCCACCGCCUGUAACACCCAGGGGCUGUUACAGAAAACAGCACGCUCACUUCAAAGACUCCUGCGCAGAAACCAUUCUGUAAUCAAACCUGCAGUCAUAUAAUUGCCCCAAAAUACAUGAGCUGAAUGCACCUUGUAAUCUUUCUAUGUGUGUAAAUUUAAGGUCACUUUAUAAAAUGUUCAGCCAAACACAUAAACAUUACAUUUUCAACUCAUUUCUGUCCAAAUAAAUGCUUUGAAUCCUAUUGUUCCUAAGGUGAACUAAAAACAUGAAAAUGCAUGAACCCUCCCCCAAAGAAUGUCAAUUGUUAUUUCAGUGGUAGACAUAAGGUAAGUUUAUGAACUUUUUGGGUGUGUACAAAACAUGUAAAGCACAUCCCAAAAAUUGUAAUAAAAUACUAUUGAAAUCUGUU